GAGCAUCAAAUAGUUAUGGUGAUAAUUAAAAUCUUUUCAAAAUGGAUACAGGCGAAGCAAGACAAAAUGUCGUCAGCGGAGCAAGAGUCGCACAGAAGGGAGAACAAUAUCCUGUCAUUGCUGGAAGAGUUCAACACACUGGAGAACGAACUAGAGCGCGUGGAACAGCAGCCAAUGGAGGAGUCCGAUUCCAGCCUGGAGGAGAAGUUCAGCAAGCUAAAGGAGAUCUGUUUGCAGAUGAAGCGAAACACUGCUCGGCGUCGUGGCAUCCAGUUACGGUUGGCGACGGAAUUAUCGGCAUACGCGACUAACUCGGAUCGUUUUCUGUUGGUUGGCGAACAUGUGCUCGUCAGGGAACUGCGCGCCGGCGUAGACGCCCUGAGCCAGCGGCUGGACAGGAUGUCCAGGGUGUCGCAGGACAUCAUUUGCUCCAUCUGCCUGGCGCCCUGGACGAAUGAGGGUAGACAUCACCUGGUAUCGUUGAGAUGCGGCCAUUUGUUUGGGAGCCACUGCAUCCACACCGCCAUCCGGCGAUUCCAUCGCUGUCCGAUAUGCAGGCGCCGGGCUUAUCACAGUGAUGUUCGCAGGAUCUACGGUCGAAAUUUUAUGCCACUUUAGUUGAAAGCAUGCUCUGGCUCCUUUUAUUGCGUUUUUUGUUAAAGUUUAUUUUAACGUUUUACAACAUUUGUGUUAAUUAAAUUUCAAGUGAAC